AAUUUCUAUAUGAGCAAACCCAUCUGCUACAUCCAUGUCUACAAAUAUUCAGCAUUAACAUUAGCAAGGCAGGAGAAAGAAGAAUAUGGAAGGUGUAAUUACAUUUUCGCUCUAUGAGCAUAUUCGUAUGCUGAUUGACAAGUUGUUAUAUCACAUAUGGAUGACGCUAUUAUGGAUGAGGGUGGUUGUGAUUUUACCGAUAGCGAGAAAGAUUAUAGUUGCAUUAAUGUGGACGAGGAGGGUCAUGAUUUUACCGCUGAUGAAAGCAAUGUUAGUAAUUUGUUUGGUAUUGUUGGUAUUGGUAAUGAUGCAGAAGACAACGAUGGGAUUUGCGAGUCUUUAUUCCAAAAUAUUUCGACGAAGGCCGGAGAGGAUAUACAAGUGUCAUUCUAUUGAAGAAGAUGAAGAGCUUGGGAGCUUGGCAUAUCCAUUGGUUCUUGUUCAAAUACCAAUGUACAAUGAGAAAGAGGUCUACCAGUUUUCCAUACGAGCAGCAUGUAAUAUUAUGUGGCCGACAGAUCGUGUAAUAAUACAGGUGCUUGAUGAUUCAACAAAUCCGAUGAUAAAGGAGCUGAUUUAUGAAGAAUGCAAUAGAUGGCUGAAGAAGGGAAAGAACAUAAAAUACGUGAGAAGAGAUAAUAGAAAGGGAUAUAAAGCUGGUGCCCUAAAGAUGGGAAUGAAGCAUGACUAUGUGCAAAUAUGUGAAUAUGUCGCUAUGUUUGAUGCUGAUUUUCAACCUGAGCCUGAUUUCCUCAUAAGAACCAUUCCAUUCCUUAUUCACAACCCCAACCUUGCUCUUGUUCAAGCUCGAUGGAAGUUUGUAAAUGCAGAUGAAUGCAUGAUGACAAGGAUGCAAGAAAUGUCUAUGGAUUAUCACUUUAAGGUGGAGCAAGAAUCAGGAUCAACCACUUGCGGAUUCUUUGGUUACAAUGGAACAGCAGGAGUAUGGAGAAUCCAAGCCAUUAAUGAUGCCGGAGGUUGGGAAGACAGAACUACUGUUGAAGACAUGGAUUUGGCCGUGAGAGCAACUCUUAGAGGCUGGAAAUUUGUCUAUGUUGGAAGCAUCAAGGUAAAAAGUGAAUUGCCAAGCACUUUCAAGGCUUACCGCUAUCAGCAACAUCGAUGGUCAUGUGGCCCAGCUGUUUUGUUCAAGAAAUUAUUUUGGGAAAUUUUGUUGGCCAAGCAGGUCUCCUUCUUGAAGAAAUUCUACAUUAUCUACAGUUUUUUCAUCGCCCGGAGAAUUGUAACUCAUUUUGUCACCUUUUUCUUCUUCUGUGUGUUCAUCCCCCUUUCCAUUUUCUUCCCAGAAAUUAAAAUCCCCAGAUGGGGCAUAAUAUAUCUGCCUACAGCAAUUACCCUUCUAAAUGCCGUUGGAACACCAAGCUCGAUUCAUCUACUGGUUUUCUGGGCACUUUUUGAAAAUGUGAUGGCACUUCAUCGAUGCAAAGCAGUUCUUAUUGGAUUAUUCGAAGCUGGAAGGUCGACUGAAUGGAUUGUCACCAAGAAAUUAGGAGAUAUAUCGAAGACAAAAACAAAUAUUUCCAUUUCAAAACAAUCAAGAGAGAAAUUUUGUGAAAGGUGUUAUCCUCUUGAGCUGUUGAUGGGUGUCUUCCUGUUACUGUGUGGGUGUUAUGAUUACAAAUAUGGAAAUAAUCACUUCUUCGGCUUAUUCUUCAUGCAAUGCAUCGCCUUCUUCGUCAUUGGGUUUGGUUAUAUUGGAAUAAGAGUUCCAAGGGACAAUUAGCCAUUCUUCUCUCCUUCUUGUUCUUCUUCUUCUUCUUAUUCCAUCAUUACUAAGUGAAAUAAUAAGAUUAUUAUUAUUGUUCUUAUUAGAUCUGUUCUAUUUUGCUGAGGUUAUCUGU